AUGGAUGUAGAAACCAAGAAUGAUAGUGAACCAGAAAAUAGGAAUGAUCAAGAAGUCUCAAUGAAUUAUCAGUCACCAAAUAUGUCUUCAGAAUGGCAAUUAAGUGGUAGCAAUUUGACUAAUGCAUCAUCUAUGGGAAUGGUGGAUUCAUUUUGUCCAACUACUUGGGAUCAGUCUACAAAUUCACCAAAUUUAGGCUUCUGUGAUGGUAAUGGUCAAAUGGAUUUAGGCCCUUUUAGAGUUGGUGUUGACAGAUCACUUGGUCCUAGUUGGACUCCAUCAAAUGCAAUGUUGUUGAAAGGGGGGAUGUUUCUACCCCCUGCUCCGAUGAUGCUUCCGCAGAGUUUAGCACAGUUUCCGACUGAUUCAGGUUUUAUUGAAAGAGCUGCAAGGUUUUCUUGCUUUAGUGGAGGGAACUUUGGUGAUAUGAACCCUUUUAGCAUCCCUGAGUCGUCGAUGAAUCCUUAUUAUAGGGGACUGGCACCAAUGCAGGGUCCUCAAGAGGUUUUGGCAAGUAAUGUGGCUGAAAGUUCCAAGGAUUUUUCUUUAACCGUCGACCAUACGGACACAGAGAGAAGCCCCCUCAAGUAUGAGAAGAAGAGGGAAAAUUUUGCCAAGUCCCAGGAUGAAGCAAGAGAAAUUGCGGGAGUCUCUGGGAAUGAGUCUGAUGAAGCUGGAUGUAGUGGCCGUCAAGAGGAAAUGGAGUGUGCCGGCGAGGGCUCCUACAGAAAGAAUAUUGGCUCAAAGAAAAGGAAAAGAGGUGGUCAGUAUGUUUUGUUUGAUCGUUCACACGAUAGUUCCUUAUUGAAUGUUCUUGUCAUUUUAGCAGGAUUAGUGUAUUUUGUUUGA